AUGUCUACAUCACCAACAACAUCAUCGUCAUCAACCACUACAACAGGAAUACCAGGAUGGACAACUACAGGAAACAUGGCUGUUGCACGACAAUAUCAUACAGCAUCCAUAUUAGGAAACGGAAAGGUAUUAGUUACUGGUGGAUCUAAUGGCAGUAAUAGUCUUAAUAGUGCUGAAUUAUAUGACCCAACAACAGGUAUUUGGACAACUACAGGAUACAUGAAUGUUGCACGACAAUACCAUACAGCAUCUAUAUUAGGAAAUGGAAUAAUAUUAGUUACUGGUGGAAAUAAUGGUAGUAUUUAUCUCUACAGUGCUGAAUUAUAUGAUCCAACAACAGGUAUUUGGACAACUACAGGAAACAUGAAUUAUGCACGAAUCUUUCAUACAGCAUUCUUAUUAGAAAAUGGAAAUGUAUUAGUUACUGGUGGAUUUGGUCGUAUUUAUCUCAGUAGUGCUGAAUUAUAUGAUCCAACAACAGGUAAUUGGACAAGUACAGGAAACAUGAAUUUUGCACGAGAAUAUCAUACAGCAGCCAUAUUAAGAAAUGGAAUAGUAUUAGUUACUGGUGGAUAUUAUAAAAGUGCUCUCAAUAGUGCUGAAUUAUAUAAUUCAACAACAGGUAUUUGGACAAUUACAGGAAAGAUGACUUUUGCGCGACAAUUUCAUACAGCAUCCAUAUUAGAAAAUGGAAAUGUAUUAGUUACUGGCGGUUCUGGUAGUUCUUAUCUCAGUAGUGCUGAAUUAUAUGAUCCAAUAACAAGUAGUUGGACAAUUACAGGAAACAUGAAUGUUGCACGAGAAAAUCACACAGCAUCCAUAUUAGGAAAUGGGACAGUGUUAGUUACUGGUGGAUCUGGUAGUUCUUAUCUCAGUAGUGCUGAAUUAUAUGAUCCAACAACAGGUAGUUGGACAAGUACAAGAAACAUGAAUUUUGCACGAGAAUAUCAUACAGCAUCCAUAUUAGCAAAUGGAAAAGUAUUAGUUACUGGCGGAUAUAAUGGCAGUAAUAGUCUUAAUAGUGCUGAACUGUAUUGA